AUGCGUCCCGUCGCCUUCCUCCUCCCCGCCCUCGCUGCUGCCAACCCGAUCGCCCUCGCCCAGGUCGGUGGCGAUGGCUGGGCGGAUGGCCCGGACCCUAACGACAUCCAGAUCGUGAGCGCCUCCUUCUCCGGCAACGGCUGCCCGCAGGGCUCCGUGUCGACCACCAUCUCGCCCGACAAGACGGUCAUCACGUUCGGCUUCGACUCGUUCCAGACGUACAUCGGCCCCGGCAUCAGCCCGACGGAGAAGUCCAAGAACUGCCAGCUGCACCUGAGCCUCAAGUACCCGGGCGGGUUCCAGUUCGCGGUGCUGUCGAGCACGUACCACGGGUACGCGCAGCUGGACCCGGGGGUGACGGGCACCUUCUACAGCACGUACUACUUCAGCCAGGACGCGGCGGCGACGACGACGACGCAGACGUCCAUCUCGGGCGGCGGCAUCUGGCAGGACGGCCAGGUGUACACCAAGUCGGACCAGAUCCCGACCGCCAGCUACAUCUACUCGCCCUGCGGCGCCAACGGCAUCCUCAACAUCAACAACCGCAUCGCCCUCACCAGCUCCAACAGCUCCGCCUCCGGCGAGAUCACCGACGACGACGCCACCGUCGCCUUCACCCAGCAGAUCAACAUCCAAUGGCGCGCCUGCAAGAACUAG